AUGUCCAACCCGCCUUUCACGGUUCGAGCCAUCUUCGAGUAUGCUUCAGGCCACGAUGACGACCUUAGCUUCCCAAUCGGUCAGAUCGUAACCGUCACCUCCGAGGAGGAUACCGAGUGGUACAAUGGCGAAUACACAGACAGUUCGGGAGUCAAGCAAGAGGGUAUCUUCCCCAAGAACUUCGUCGAGCGAUAUGAACCUCCAGCGCCCCCGCGGCCGGCACGCCCAACCAGACCGAAGAAGGAAGCCGAGCCUGCACCGGUGGUAUCUCCCGUGGCUGUUCCCGAGAGCCCAAUCCAACCAGAACCCGAGGUAACGGCGCAGCCCGAGGAACAGGAGGAACCCGAAGCAGCUCCCCAACAAGUCCCUGCUCCCCAGUCGCCGGUUCUACCUCCUAACCCGCCUGCUCCCGCUCCAGUUGCGGAGGUUCCAUCAUCUCCCCGUCAGUCUGCUCCGGCCCCCGCUCCCGUUGCUGCUGUGGCCCCCACCUCACCCCCAGCGAAGGCAUCUGCAAAGCCACCACCACCGGAGAAGCCCGCAGGGAACUCAUUUAAAGACCGCAUUGCUGCAUUCAACAGGUCUGCUGCCGCGCCAAUUGCCCCUAUCAAGCCUGGUGGUCAACAGCCGUCCUCUUUUGUUAAGAAGCAGUUCGUUGCUCCACCUCCAAGCAAGGACUCAUUCGUGGCUCCACCGCGGGAGCCUGCUGCGAAAGUUUACAAGAGAGAGGAGGAUCCAGAGGUUAAGGAACAACUCGCCCGGGAAGCUCCUAUCUCUGAAUUCCGACCCCCGCCCCCGCCAGCACAGGAGUCUGGGGAGGGCGCGGAGGAUCAGCCAAAGCCUACAAGCCUGAAGGAUCGGAUAGCUCUUCUUCAAAAGCAGCAGCUUGAACAAGCGCAGCGCCACGCCGAGGCUGCUCAGAAAAAGGAAAAGCCGAAGCCCCCAAAAAAGACCGUCGAGCAGCCCGUUGAGCAGCCUGUGGAAACUGCCGCAGCUGAAGAAGACGAGGAGGAAGAACAGGCGUCUCCUCCUAUUGAGCCUCCGACAGCUCCUCGAGACCCCAGUGUUGAUACUUUGAGAGCUAAAGCUCACCACGCUCUGCCCACUCCGUUCUCACCUCAAGAAGAGAUCGCCAGCGAAUCGAAUGACGCCGACUAUUCUGCCGCGGCAGACUCCGAGGAUGCCGGGGAGACUUCCACCAGCAGAGAUGACGAGGAGGAGCAUCCUCGUCAGGCUCCAGCCCCGCCGGCUCACGCUGAACAGAAGGAUGAAUCGGAGGAUGCCGACGAAGAAGAGGAGGAGGAGGAAGAGGAAGAAAUGGACCCUGAAACCAAACGCAGAAUGGAACUUCGCAAUCGAAUGGCCAAGAUGAGUGGUGGCAUGGGUAUGAUGGGACUUUUCGGUCCCCCAGGUGGCUUGCCGGGCAUGGGUGGCAGCGCCCCUGCCGCUCGCAAGCCUAAGACUCCUGGCGAGUCAGAAAAAAGGCUUGCUGAGCCUGAGCCGACAUCCCCAGGCCAUGCUCCUCCAGUUCCAAUGAUUCCCCUUCCUGGGAUGAGCAUUGGUGUCAGACCGGGUCAGCCUGUCGAAGUUGAAAAGGAAGAAGAGGAGUCUUUGGCAACUCCUAUCACUGAACAACAUGCCCCACAGGAGGUAGCGGAUGUCGAAGAUGUUGUUCACGAAGGUGCUCCUCCACGUUCCUCUAUUGAUCGUCCUCCUAUUCCUCCUACCCGUGAACGGGCUGCUCCUCCUCCGCCCUUGGAAGUUCGACCUAUCCCACCUGCCCUGCCCACGGAGCAACUAGCCUCUCCUCCCCCGGUUCCAGGAGGCCGACCUGUCCCCCCUCCACCCAGGGCAUCUGGCAUGGACCCAGGUAAUGAAUCUGAUGAUGAGUUAUCUGUGCAUGCAGGGAACCUGUCUUUGGAUUCUGUUACGGACAAUGCCCCGGCUAUGUCUGCUCCCGCAAUUCCUGACACCAUUGACUCUCGUCGUUCCUCAACAUAUGACACUCCACCUCCUUUACCUCCGACAUCAACUACCGAAAAGAGAGCUAGUCGCGCACCUCCUCCAGUUCCAUCAAACCCACCUAUGCCACCGGCGCAGAGUCGUGCCCCGCCUCCACCACCUCCAAAUCAGCCACGCCGGCGCUCCACCGCGGAUAGUCGCGGUAGUGCUAUCUCCGCUCCCCGUCAGGCUGGAGACGAAGUUGAAGGAGAAGUGACAGAGUAUGACGGCGACUACGACACUGAUAUCGCGUCCGGUGUUAAGCACAAGGAUGCACUGAGGGCACAUGAGCGGGACUCCAGCUUUGAUGAGGGCAUGAUGACCGAUGAUUAUUCCCUUCAAUCCCCUCGCAGUCCUCCGGAAUCUCGUCCUCCUCCACCUCUUCCUCCGACUGCUGCGCCAAGAGGAGUCCCGCCUCUGCCUCCGAGUCAGCCUCCUCGCAGUUCUCGAGCUUCUAUUGAUACACCUCGAGGACCGCCUCCACCCCCACCGGGCCGAGAGCCAUCGUACGGCGGAGAUGACGAGUAUGACCCCUUCAAUUAUGUUGAGCCUAGACAUGGCCUGCCUACUCCUCCAGCCCCUCCCAGUGGUCGCCCAGAGGCACCCCCUCCUCUCCCUCCGCAGCCGCCAGUGAGAGAGAGCUUCGAUGAGUUAUAUGACGAAUCUCCAGUACAAAGUCCAACGACCGAGGCGCCGCGUAUUCCGAUUUCUCAGAAACGUCUAUCUCUGGCACCACUGCCUAACCCAAGCCAGGUCCUCCCAGCUAUGCCCUCGCCUUCUGCGGGUCGCAGCUCGCGCCCUUCUAUUGAUAUGACAAGGGGCCCGUCCAAUAUUCGGCGCUCCAUGGACGUUUCUCGUCCUUCCAUUGAUCAAGGCUACAUUGCUACCGACAUAGAUUACGCUGAGAGCACCCUCUGGUGGACUCAGCCUAACACCCCGCCUCCAUCUAUUCAAAAUCGAAAGGAUGUACUCUUCGAGGUUGAGGAAUCCUCCUCCUCGAAGCGCGGGGGCAAGACAACGGUGUCAAAGGAUAUUUAUAUCCUUUUCAUGGACUACUCCCAGACUGUUAUAGCAGCUCAGUUCGAUCCCAGGAACCCUGCAGAUGUUGCCCUGGAGCAACGCCAUGAACCACCUCCGCUUCAGCCCCGCCAGGACCAGUUGGAACAGGCACACAACCAAAUUGGUACCCGGAUAUCCGAUUCUGUUAACUCGUACCAAAACACCACCGUGGGAGACGGUACUCCCUUUGGUCUGGUUCAGCAUCUCCUGAAUCCCCUUGCUGAUGCAUUGCUUCCCGUCGGUACACGGGCAUACGGUGCUUUGGUAUACUCAAAUUUGGCCAAUGCGUCUGUUACACAGAAUGAUGAGAUCCGCGCGGGUGAUAUUGUGAGCUUCCGCAAUGCUCGUUUCCAAGGCCACCGUGGCACUAUGCACCAGAAGUACAGUUCCGAGGUGGGCAAGCCUGACCAUGUUGGUAUUGUUGUGGAUUGGGAUGGUACUAAGAAGAAGAUCCGGGCCUGGGAGCAAGGACGCGAAAGCAAGAAGGUCAAGAUGGAGAGCUUCAAGCUCAAUGACAUGCGUAGUGGCGAGUGCAAGGUCUGGCGAGUGAUGCCACGCAGCUGGAUCGGCUGGGAGAACAACAAAUAA